CAGUGUAACUCCUAUGGAGGUAACAAAUGAUAUCAUGUUGGUGGAUAGAAUUUCUCCUAGAAGGAAUAAUGGACCAUCAUGGGGGUCGCGGUUGUGGGGCUCCGCUUUGGCGUAGAAAGAGACCCUCAAAGAGAAAAGGUUAUCGGCUGCCACAAGUACAUUGUCAUCGUUUCUCAUUGGCAGAGAUUGGAACCGCCACAGACAAUUUCAAUGAUCGCCUCCGAAUAAAAAUGGGGAAGGUUUACGAGCGUUAAAUAGAAAACAUGGGGAAGGUUGCUAUCGAAUGUUUCAUGGCCAAUGAUCAUUUCUAUGAUAAUUUUUGCACGAUGUUGGAGGUGCAAUCCCAACUUCAAUGCAUCAAUGUGGUGUCCUUGGUGGGGUACUGCUAUGAUGGGCAUGAGAUGAUCCAGGUGCACGAAUACAUAGCCAAUGGGAGCUUAUUCGAUCGUCUUCACAAUACCAGGAAUAUAAUUCCUCUGUCAUGGGAGCAGAGGCUCCAAAUCUGCAUCGGUGUGGCACGAGGAUUGAACUACCUUCAUACAGGUGUGAGGCAGAGAAUUUUCCAUCGUGAUGUGAAGUCUGCUCACAUUCUCUUGGAUCAAAAUUGGGUUGCAAAAAUUUCAGGUUUUGACGUAUCCUUGUUGGUUCCCGAGGAUGCCUCAUUCAUCUUCACAGAAUGUGUGGGUACAGUUGGCUAUAUGGAUCCAGAGUAUUGGGAAACUUGUCGAUUUACGGAAAAAUCUGAUGUUUACUCUUUCGGCGUGGUGUUGUUUGAAGUGUUGUGGGCUAGGAAAGCAGUAUUUGAAGUCGGGAUUGCGCGUAAGCUUCUAAGCACGUGGGCCAUAGAGUGCAUAGAAGCAGGGUCAGUUGAACAGAUCAUUGAUCCAUCACGGACGGGGAAGAUAUUGCCUCUUUCUUUGGACGUGUUUGUGGAAAUUGCCAGGCAAUGCGUGCUUAAGGACGGAAUCAUACGCCCUCUAAUGACUGAUAUUGUGCGCAAACUCGAGCAUGCUCUGGCGCUGCAGGAAACUUUUGUUGCUGCAUUGGAGAAUAAGGGACGAGUAGACGCAACCAACUAUAUUUCACACGAGUUAUUCUCAUCAGAGUGGCAUCCUGAGUACAACAGUUAUGACUCCUCAACACAUUUGCGAUCCGAGGAUCUCUCUGGUCCACGCUGAAUAACUUGUCUUCUUGUAGGCUACUUCGAGUAUCAGAGCUCCGAGAAACUUUUAUGUUAAUUUCCUCAGCAUACAUGUGCCUUGUAUCUUGAAAAUGAUUUUAAUUACAUUGGAAUAGAUGGGGUAUUGGUGUGUAGUGUAUAUGAUGGUAAUCCUAUAAAUUACAUUUGUGCUAACAGAUAUAUUUUACUAAAAAUAAAAAUAUUAUU